UUUAGGAGUUAGCAGAGACUUGUGACUCCUCUGAAUGUCGUAAAGGCCAAAAUAAAGAGGGAAGAAGAAAUCCUAUCUGUUACUCUUCUUGUUCCCUUUUCUCUUUUAUGCUCUUACAAGAAAAGAUAAUAUGGGGAGAGAAAACCUGGAAGGACUGCUGCCAAGCUCUUCAAUUCUUGAACCUGCUCAUAUUGUUAGUAGCAUUGGCAAUGGCGAUGACACAACUGAUCAAACUGAUUCUUCCGCUACACCUGUCGUUUUUUUCAGCACUUUCAUUACCAUGUGCAGUUACUUUGCCUUUGGCUGUGCAACAGGAUAUUCGUCGCCUGCUGAAUCUGGAAUCAUGAAGGAUCUCGGCCUCUCAGUAGCAGCAUAUUCUGUUUUUGUUUCUGUAUUAGCGAUUGGAGCACUUCUAGGUUCAUUAAUAAAUGGGGAAAUAACUGACCUCAUUGGUCGGAGAGGAGGAAUGUGGCUGGCAGAUUUUUUCUUCAUCUUUGGCUGGCUAACUAUAGCAUUCUCCCAGGCGGCUUGGUCACUGGAUCUGGGAAGAGUGUCUCUGGGAUUUGGAAUUGCAAUCAUUUCUUAUGCGGGGCCUAGAUAUAUUGCGGAAAUUUCACCAAACAAUAUUCGAGGAGCCUUAACAUCGGCUAAUCAGUUGAUGCUUACUUGUGGCUUCUCCCUAACAUAUGUUCUUGGAACUCUUGUGUCCUGGCGCAUCUUGGCUCUAAUUGCUGUUUUUCCAUGCUUUGUGCAAUUUUUUGGUAUAUUCUUCAUUCCUGAAUCCCCUAGAUGGCUGGCAUUUGUUGGUCGAGGGAAAGAAUUAUACACCACUCUGCAGCGGCUUAGGAGUAAGAAAUCUGAUAAUUCUCAAGAGGCCGCUAACAUAAAAGCUUAUACAGAGGUCUUUGUGAGGCAAUCAGAGGAUAGAUCUUUUAGCCUUUUCCAGCAUAAAUAUGCCUAUUCAGUCACCGUGCGUAUAAAAAACAGAAAAUGA